AUACAGUCGGUCGGGUAGUUCCGGAUCACUAGCAGUUGAUUCGGAAUUACCCGAGAUCCGGAACUACCCGAUCGACUGUACUAUCAUGGAAGGAGUUGAAAUAAAAGUUAAAGAUUCUAAAAAGGGCCGAGGCCUAUACUCAAACCAGCACUAUAAAGUCGGAGAUGUGAUUCUUGAGGAGGCUCCACUGGUGUCAUGCCAGUUUGCCUGGAACGAGCUGUACCAGUACACAGCGUGCGAGAACUGCCUGCGCUCCCUUGAGACGGCGGAGGCCAUGGCCCAGAGACUCACGUCCAACCCAGCGCUGGUGCUGCCCUUCCCAGAGUGCUGUGAGGUGAAACAGGACCUCAUAGUGCACUGUCCCAAUUGUCAGGUUUCCUACUGUGGCACAGCUUGCAGGGACCGGGCAUGGGCCUCACACCACAAGGCGCUGUGUCUGGGCAGAGACCGAGAAAACCCAGAGCACCCUCUGAACAAGCUGCACGACACCUGGAGGAACAUCCACUUCCCUCCAGAGACUGCCAGCGUCAUGCUGCUGCUGAAAAUGAUCGCCAUGGUGAAACAGGCAGAGGACUCAGUCAGUGUGUUAUCAGAGUUCAGCCAGUUUGUACAAGCCACAGUUAAUGAGGAGGAGCAUGCAGUACACAAGCUUCUUGGGUCACAAUUCCAGGUAGAAAAAUGUCCUUACCAGCUGAGACAGUGGAUACCCGUGGGGUUUCAUUACGUGCUUGGGUCACAAUUCCAGGACCAGUUGGAAAUGUUACGGCACAUGGUUUCAGAUACGUUCUAUGAUGAAAAAGUACAACAGUGGCUGACACCCGAGGGGUUCCGGUCCAUGUUUGCACUGAUGGGGACCAAUCAGCAAGGGAUUGGCUCAAGUUCUAUCAGUGUCUGGGUGAAGAACUGUGAUGCUUUAGAGCUGGGGGAAGGAGAGAGAGAGCAGCUGGAUGCAUUUAUAGAUCAGCUGUACAAGGACCUUGACAAAGUGUCGGGAACAUUCCUGAAUUGUGAGGGAGUAGGGCUGUACAGUAUGCAAAGUGCUUGUAACCAUAGCUGCAGGCCCAAUGCCGAAAUAGAGUUUAACAACCAGAACUAUGUGUUGUCCCUUGUUGCAGUUGAGGACAUCUCACCUGAGGAGGAGAUCUGCAUCAGUUAUUUAGAUGAAUGUGACAAGGAACGUAGCAGGCACAGCCGACAGAAGAUGUUGAGAGAAAACUACUUGUUCAUGUGUGGAUGUCCAAAGUGUUUAGAACAAGCAGAUGAUCCUGAUGUCACGUCAGAAGAAGACAGUGAUGAGGAAGAGGAGGAGGAAGAAGAAGAGGACAUGAAUGAUAUCUAUUGAUUGCAUGCACAUUAAGUUUGGGAUAAAUUUUGCUGUAAUGCUCAGUCAUGUAGUGUUAAAACACUGCUUAGAAGUUUAAAACUGCAGACACAAGUUUUUUUAAUAUCAGUACAUAUAUUUAACUACAGUUGUUGAUCAAUCAAAAAGUAUGGUAGAUGAUCAAGUAGAUUAUACUCUGUCAUUUUUAGUAAGUUUUUCGUUGAGUUGGUUAGUCAGCAGACAAAGUUUUAUGUUUGUGGAGCAAGCAAGUUCCACAUUACUCAUGAGAUUUAAUUCAAACCUAGAUUAGGUUUGGAGGUCGCAUUGUAGUAGUGGAUAUGGUGUCUGCCUUGCGAUCUGGAGGUCACUGGUUUGAUCCCCACUGUGUGAGGGUUCCUUAGAUUUCCCCCAUAGACACCCAAAACUCGUUCUAGUCCCAGGAAACAGCUCAUAUAAGCCUUAGGCUUUCUAUGCAAUCCAGCUUAAAUAAAUAAGUUUAAACAAACCUAAAGUUACAUGUAGAUGUGCAAUAAACUUUCGCUCAUUGAUUUCCACAUUUCUGAGUUAUUUGCUCUUGAACAUAUAUAGCUUACAAUGCAGUGUGAACAUAUAUAGCUUACAGUGCAGUGUGAACAUAUAUAGCUUACAGUGCAGUGUGAACAUAUAUAGCUUACAAUGCAGUGUGAACAUAUAUAGCUUACAGUGCAAUGUGAACAUAUAUAGCUUACAAUGCAGUGUGAACAUAUAUAGCUUACAGUGCAGUGUGAACAUAUAUAGCUUACAAUGCAGUGUGAACAUAUAUAGCUUACAAUGCAGUGUGAACAUAUAUAGCUUACAGUGCAGUGUGAAACAUAUAUAGCUUACAAUGCAGUGUGAACAUAUAUAGCUUACAAUGCAGUGUGAACAUAUAUAGCUUACAAUGCAGUGUGAACAUAUAUAGCUUACAAUGCAGUGUGAACAUAUAUAGCUUACAAUGCAGUGUGAACAUAUAUAGCUUACAAUGCAGUGUGAACAUAUAUAGCUUACAAUGCAGUGUUGUGGUAUUAGUCAUGUUUAUGACAAGCUUUAUUUGUAAAAUAAUGCAUGUUUUAAGUACCAGGCAUGUUUUAAGUACCAGGCAUGUUUUAAGUACCAGGCAUAAGUGUUUCUGGCGAGCUCCAUAUCAGUUACAAAUAUGAAAAACACGCGGCAUCCAAAAUACAUGUAAUAUUGUUUGCAGCAAACAGAGUUUGUAUGCAGUAUGUUAACACAUAAAUAAAAUGGUUUGUUUAACAUAUAUAUUAUACAUAGAAUACCAUUGAAAACUGACUUUCUUUAGAUUGGUAAAGCCUAAAGGGGUUGCAUUUUCAUGAACAUCUUAAGUAACACCUUAUCUUGCAAUUCAAUUUUAAAGUAAUCUGUGAUUGUUUUAUUUGUUAUGAAAUAUAACUAGUUUAUUUGUUUGUGAAUAACAGUUGUGUAUACAUUAAAGUUGUAUGCAUAUCAGAAUUGUAAAAGAGUUUUCCCAUUCAUUUUCAGUUUGAGAAACAUUAGAUUUGAAAUGCAUAAUCUAUGCAAACAGAUGUAUACCUUUACAUUGCUUUGCUAUUUGAUUUAGGCAUUUUAUGUGAGUACAUUAUGUAAUUAUUAGAUAAUAAAUUACAUCUUGAUAUUUGA